CUUGUCCAAACUUGGUGAUGAGUAAAAGUGAAGCACAUGAAGAGAACCAUGGGGAUGUGGUGUCCAUAGCUGUGCAGCCCAGCAGGACACACCGGUCACUCUGCUUAGUGCCAUCAGCAGAAGAGGACCACCGCUCCAGCAAGUUGGCAUCCCAGGACUGGCAGAGUGGUUUGCAGGUCCAGAUGGAAGAAGCUGAGCAUGGAGGGGCAGCCCACAGGACGGGGUCCCUGGGACGGGCAUCCCAUUCUUGUGCCCUCAGAUCAGGUCCCACCUCUGCUCCUUCCCUGCCUUGUCCAGCUGACUCCCCUUCCAAGGCCAAGCUCCCCAGCUGCUUCUCCAUCUUCUCGCCAUCGCCACAGGGCUCCAAGCCUGAUUCCAGACCCCUGCCUCAUGCCAACUCUAAGAAAUCCCUCAGGGGGAGCUGGAAGAAGAACCUGCAUCCUGAGGAGCCCACCGGUCUGAAAUCAGGGGAGUCUGCAUGUUCCCCCUUCACAGGACCCAUCAUUGCUCGGAUAACUGAUGGCAUCUACCUGGGGAACCUCAACGCUGCCUACAGCGGGCGGGCGCUGUGCACCAACAGCAUUGACAGCAUUGUCGACAUGAGCAGCCUGCCCAGUGACUGCAGCCUGAGCAUCAUCCCCUGCACGUGCCGACGAGGAGGGUUCAGGCACAAUUGGUCACGCCUCAAGGUUGACAUCCAGGCUCCGCUUCAUGGGGAUCAUCACAGAAAGGGGCAACCCUGCUUCCGGGACAUCAACGAGUGCAUUGAAGCCUCGCUGGAGAAAGGGAAGCGUGUCCUCAUCCACUGCAGGGAUGGUUACUCUCUAGGUCCUACUUGCGUCAUUCAGUACCUCAUGGUCAAGCACAGCAUGAGGCUGCUGGCAGCCUACGAGUUUGUGAGGGCACGGUACCCGCUGAACAUCCAGGAGUGUCAUCAGGACCUGCUGGUGGGUUUGGAGAUGUCCCUGCAGCCUGGGGCCAUCAACAUCACGUGCCUGAAGCACUCUCUUUCAAGGAAGAUGGCAUGGAGCUAAACGGACAGGGUGGCUGUGUUGUUUGUCAGUUGCCCUGAAGAGGAACAGCCAAAAGCCUUAACUCCAUCUCAUGGGUGAACGCGGUGACUGUAGCUGUGGGGUAUGUAGGACAGCACUGGCACAAGAGUCAAAGGCAAUGGCCUUCCUUUGUAGCAGUUCCUAGAGGCUGGUGCUGGCAGAAGUAGAGCGUGGUGAGCUCUUUUAGGGAUACACUGGAGGGAGAGGGAGCGCUCCAUGCAGGAUGGGAGCCAUCUGCUGUGCUUUGGUCUGAUGUGAUUUUGGGAAAGCAAAGGGAAGUCAGACACUGGUUUGCUCAGCGUUCCUGCCACAGUUUUACCGUGAACUCAACUGCAACAGAGUUUUUUAUUUUGCUGCUUGUUUUUUUUUGCUAACAGUGUCAUCCUUGGAAAUAAGAGAUGUCAUCUGAUGUCAUGCCACUCCAUAGUGCCUGUCCACUUGAUGCUUGUAGGAUGUUGAAGAGGAGGCAAGGUGUAAGGGUGUAGGAGGUGGCCACGAGGGAGAGCUUGCAUGGAUCCAUCAGCGUAGUCCUUCCAACACAUGGUGGUUCCCUGGAAGAGCCUGGCCCAGAAGUGCCAGACAUGAGUCUCUCAAAAGCGUAGGGUAGAACCUCCUGUAUAUGCCAGGUCUUCCCUCUGUCUGGCCUUGCAGCGUGGGGAAAGCGCUCUGGGACCGGUGGGCCAUACUCGUGGUGCAUUCCACUAGCAUGAGUGGAGGGGAAUGAGGGAAGGAAACAAGGUCAUCUGCACUCCAAGAAGGGUACUCAAUUGUGAACAGUGUGUCCACUCCCAGCCCCUGUGCGAUACCCUCACUCAUGCUUCAUAUUCACAGAGCUGAGCCCUCUCUGAAGGACUUGCCUGGAGCUUCUUUAUGUCUUCCUUCAGUUUUUCUGCAAGGAACUUGUUCAUUCAUCACUCAAACACUUGUACUACUUCCUUUGGAAACCUUUGUCUUUCUUAAUGUUAACCAUAGCUCAUACUUUGGGAUGUUUUUGUUUUUCUUUUCUUCCUGGUCCUCACUGGGUUUAUUCCUCAUGACAUUUUAGGUCUGGAGCCUCUUUCCUUUUUUGGGAGGGCUGCCCUACAGCUUAACCUCUGUGCAAGGAACCUCCAGGGAAAGCCUUAUGCAGACUUGGAGGCUCAACCUUCUGCUAAUCCUAUUACCACACCUCACCAUCCACUCCUCCUGUUUCCUACAAGCACAUCUGUUUUAGCCAAAAUUUGGCUCAUGGGACUUCUUUCUUUGAACUUCUUUAUUCAACUGUUUUAGGCCAAUAUUUCCCUAUCAUAAGGUGAUAACCAAAACCUUGAACUCAGAGCAAAUCUCUUUUGCUGUGCUACGUGCCUUGACUCCAGGAGGUCCAAAAAGCUUUCAUUUCACAGGGCUGAAGGAACCUCCUGAUGUGUGGGGAAUUUUUGAACGGAUAACCCUCCCAGUUUUGAUCCCUCCACCAAGAGCUGAGCUGCUCUUUGGAGGAC